UGGCAUUUCUUCGUCAGGAUGGCACCAGACGAAGUAGGCUAGGUAUGGGGAGUUUUGGAGAGCAGAUGUUGGUGGUUUUGCUCCUGCUGUUUCUACCUCAAGACUCGUCGUCAGUGUUCUUGAACUUCAAGAAAGGAGUGGACUACAAGUACCGGAUCGACACAGAGUCUACGUUAGCGAAGGUAGACACUCCGUUCAACGUAGGGGCCCAGGUGAGUUUCCAGCAUGUGGAAGACACGGAGACGGGGCAGGUGUGUCUGCUCACGGUCCACAGUAUGAUCUGGCACCAUGGGACGGAGUCAGCUAUUGCCACCCAGCACUAUGACUUCUCCCAAUGGUUCUCGUUUGAGAUCUCUGGUCGAGGUGAGAUCACCCGGGUGUGGUACCCGCCACAGGAAGUGAUAGAAGUCAUUAACAUCAAGAAGGGAAUCGUCAGCUUCUUAGCUGCCAAACUGCAUCACAACCACGAGGUGGGCCGGCCAAACGACGACAAGUGGAACUACGUCACCAACGAAACGGGACACGAAGGUGAACAUGAAGCGUUGUACAGUGCAGAGCCACACGAGGACGGACUCAAGUUCACCAAAAUCCGCCAGGGACACCCGGUCAUGGGACUGGACCCGGAUGACUCCAGAAUGCACAAGGAAAUCUACUUCAAACAUGACGGAGACGUUCCCCAUCGUGUGCUCAUCAAGGAGAAGGUGACGUCAGCACGGAAGAGUCGGCCGGGGUUCGACGUACACGAGGGCACCAGGGGGACGCACUUCGUAAAUGAGCAGGAGAAAGUCGACCUCCCUGAGAUGUCGACUAACGCCGAGUCGGAGUUCACCCUGAUCGGACUGAGGCACACCGAGCCAGUCACACCUCCACCGGAACUGUUAGAAGACACGAUUCACGCAACACAGCACCGCACAUGGACUCCGCAAGGCCCACAGUUGAACUUGACUUACGCACAAGAUCUCAUCCGCCAAGACGUGGUGUGUCUGAGGAAACUGGUCAUUAAGAGAGCUCACCCCAAGAAAGACGUCCUGCCUUGCUACACAAGCCUGAAGAACACACUCAGCAAACUGAGCAACGAGGACCUGCUCACUGUCGUGGACUCUUACUUCAACCAGCCAAACUUAGCUACGAAGCGCAUAGACCGGGCCCAUCUGAUGGACGCAGUGUCAGAUCUUCACACGGACUUCACAGAAGACCUGAUCAUGGACUAUGUGUUCCUGUCGGACAGACCCGACAAGAUGAUAAUAGAGCGUAUCCUGGUUCACUAUGUCGGCACAGACGUUCUGCCACCAAAGAGGCUUGUGGACUUCUUGGAGAGUGUGUCCUUCUAUCCUGAGAUCUACGACGGUGUGUGGGUUUUAUAUUUCUAG